UUGAGGCUAAAGUAUUGACGUUUUAAAAAAAACACAAAAAGUGACAAACACAAAAGUAAAAAACACAUUAAAAAAAAAUACAGUUUAAUAUUACUUCAUUAUUACAAAAUUGCAGAGAACACUAUUAAAUCAAUAACUUGAUUUCAAUUAAGAAAAAAAAGCAAAAGAAAAAAAAAAUGGAAAACUUAGAUGAGGAGAAUUUCGGUGGGUAUGAUGCGUAUUUUAUAAAUGAACUUUUAGACAAUCAUGAAUGUCCUGUGUGUCAAAUGGCUCUUCGUGAACCAAUUCAAACACAAUGUGGUCACCGACUUUGCUUGUCAUGCGCAGAAGAAAUGAGAAAAAGAAAUAAGGGAGUCUUAAUUUGUCCAUUAGACAAUAGUGUUUUAAAUCCUAGCAAAAUUUUUCCGGAUAAAGCUAUUGAAAGAGCUAUUAUGCAAUUAAAGGUUAAAUGUAGUAAUGUUAUUAAUGGUUGUGAAUGGACCGGAGAACUAAAAAUACUGAAUGAACAUUUGGGAUCUUGUGAAUAUCAAACACUAAAAUGUCUUAAUAAACCGUGUUCUUCUUCACUUUUGCGUAAGAAACUAAACGAACACAUGGAAAAACAUUGCAUUUAUCGUUUGGUUACCUGUCAUCAUUGCAAACAGAAGAUUAUUUUUAGUGAGAUGCAAAUUCAUGAAGAAAAUUGCGAAUGUUUACCUCUUUGUUGCGUAAAUCAAUGUGGCAUGAAAAUUAUGCGUAAUGAGAUGUCUUCUCAUAUUACUAAUAUUUGCGCUAAUGAAAUUCUACCAUGUCAAUAUUUGAACAUUGGAUGCAAAUUUAAGGGAAUGAGAAAAGAACAUGAAACGCACGCUAAUUCUGCAAUGCAAAACCAUCUUUUAAUGGCAAUAUCAAAAUUGGACGCACUUGAAAACAAAAUGACGUUAACAGUGGAUACGCUUGAAAAUAAAAUUGCGUCAAAAUUGAAUGCACUUGAAAAUGAAAUUACGUCAAAACUAGAAUCACUCGAAACCAAAAUUGCGUCGGAAUCAUUUGCACUUGAAAAUAAAGUUACCUCAAAAGUGGAAUCAUUUGAAAACAAAAAUGCAUCAGAAGCGGUUGCACUUGAAAAUAAAAUUACUUCAACAGUUGAUGCACUUAAAAAUGAACUUAUUUCAAAAGUGGAUAAACAAAAAGAUAAAAUAAUGUUACAUGAGAAAAAUUUGGAAGUAAUAAAAGCCUUUCUUGCAGUUGAAAUGAAAACCUUCGCAAGCCGUUUCGCAGAAAUAGUUCAGUAUCACGACUUUCUCCGAUCGACGAUAUAUUUAAUUACCGAGGGAGACGUCAACCAGCUCCGAACCUUCACCGUCUGGAUGUGUGAAGGAUAUGGAGAACGAUGGUUACGCAUAGAUCCAGCAGAUCGAGAAAUAUUGUUAAGAGUAGAGUACAGAAAUUUAAAAGUGGCACCUUUCCGAAAAUUGUGCGAACAAGCACGAAAAAAUUAUAAAUAACUAUCAAUGUUUUACUUGUGGGGCUGAAAUUUUUAAUAGACAAUUUUUUUUAUUAACCUUUUCAAUUUAUGAAAUUUAUAUUUAGAAAAUAACAUUA